AUGUCUAUUAUUUCCCGUGCCCUUCUUGAAAAGCAAAAUGCUGAAACAUCCAACGCUUUGAUCGAGUUCUGGAAAGACUCUGACAAAUUCUUGGCUUUGGCGAAAUCCGAGGGUGACUUGACUAUCCAAAGAGAUCAGGAAGAUGCCGUCAAACUUGAAAAGGGGAUCGAAUUUGCCAAAUCCAAGGGUGUCAUUGAUCCAAACUACGUUCCAGAACCAUACGUCAAACUUGAUGUGCUGGGCAAGACUCCUGCAACUGUCGCCGACGACAUUCUGGGGAAGAUCAAGUCAUCUGGUGGCGGAAAGGAUGAGGGAUCCGUCAUUGUCCUCUGUGGUCUUUCGGGAACUGGAAAGGGAACGACUGUGGCACAAGUUCGACAAAAGCUCGAAGCUGACGAAGGAAAGAAAGUCGUCACCUGGUCGAAUGGAAAUGUAUUCCGUAGCGUAACUCUUCUUGCUGUUACUUGGUGCGAACAGCAAGCUGACAUUGACGGAUUUGAUAAGGAAAAGGCCCUCACAAAGGAGAACCUUCAAUCUUUCAUCGAGAUGCUCUCAUUUGGCAAAUUUGAUGGUAAAUACGACACCCGAAUCAAUGGCCUUGGUCUUGAUAUGCUUGUGUCGAAGGUACAAAAUACAGAAUUGAAAUCGCCAAAGGUUUCCAAAAAUAUUCCAACUGUUGCUGAAGUUACCCAAGGAGAAGUCAUUCUAUUUGCUGCUGACGCUGUAGACACUAUGGGCAAGGAUGGUAUCUUUGUGCUCUUGGAGGGACGCGAGCAAACAGUGAACUACGUACGAACCCCACAUCGCUUCACUCUUAUCCUUUCUGAUGAAUCCCUGAUCGGCAAGAGACGUGCAGCCCAAAGGCUGAUGGCUGAAGCUUUGACUGCAUUGGGCGAUAGCAGCUCGGAUGCUGAUGUUGCAAAGGCUUUGGAGGAUAGCUUGGCGAAACUAACUUCUGAAUAA